UCAACAAAAACACCGGAUUAGUGUAAUUUUCACAGUCCAUUUGAGACCACGACGUGAAUAACUUCAUUUAAGUUGAUAACUGUUUAAUUUUAUAUCCCACUAUCCAUCAUGACUAAAACCGUGCUAGUUACUGGUGGAACCGGACUGGUUGGCCGAGCAAUUGAAGCAGUUAUUAAGGAGGAAAAUCCUCAAAAUGAAAAGUGGCUCUUUGUCGGCUCCAAGGAGGCAGAUUUGACUGACCUCCAGUCGACACGUUCGAUGUUCGAGCGCCACCAACCGACGCACGUGAUUCACCUGGCCGCCAUGGUCGGUGGCCUGUUCCACAACAUGAACAACAAUCUUGACUUUCUGCGCAAAAACCUCCAAAUCAACGACAACGUGCUUCUGCUGAGCCAUGAAUUCAAGGUGCAGAAGGUGGUGUCGUGCUUGUCGACCUGUAUCUUCCCCGACAAGACCACGUAUCCGAUCGACGAAACUAUGAUCCACAACGGACCACCGCAUGAUUCGAACUUUGGGUAUAGCUACGCUAAACGGAUGAUCGAUAUCACGAAUCGAGCUUACAACCAGCAACACGGGGACAUGUUCACCUCCGUCGUGCCGUGCAACGUGUUCGGUCCGUUUGACAACUUUACACCUGGGGUGAGCCACGUGAUCCCUGGGAUGAUCCACCGGUUGCACGAAACGAUUUAUGUGAAGGAUCCUGAGAAACCCCAAGAAGAGAAGACAUUCUCCGUGUACGGAACAGGCAAACCCCUGCGGCAGUUCAUCUACUCGAUCGACCUGGCCAAACUGUUCGUGUGGGUUCUGCGCCACUACGAAUCGGUGGAUCCGAUCAUCCUGUCGGUGGACGAGGCGGCGGAAGUGUCGAUAGCCCAGCUCGCACAAUCCCUGGUGAAGGCGUUCGACUUCAAGGGAAAAUUGGAGUUUGAUACCAGCAAAGCGGACGGACAACACAAGAAGACGGCCUCGAACGGCAAGCUGAGACGGCUACUGCCGGAUUUUAAGUUUACCGAAUUUGAUAGUGCGAUUCAGGAGACCGUCAAGUGGUAUUUGGAGAACUACGAAAAGGCGAGGAAGUGAAGUUUUGUUGACAAUAAAAUGAGGUUUAUUUUUCCAAUGGGACGUUUCUUUCAUUCGAUACGCAAACACGAGAUGUUAUUUUUCUUAUAAAAUGUCUUAUAAUGUAUGGUUUAUGUACAGAUAAUUAAAUAAGUCUAAAAAUAUCAUUUUUAUCGUUACGUUAUACUUGCUUCACAACUUCUUGUGACAUCCACUCGGCCGAUUUCGGCCCAAACACAAGUUUGUCAAAAAACUGCUUCCUCUAUCGAUUUCUGGUCACCCGUCGCGGCUGCUCAAACAGCUCUUCCACUCAAAUCAGCAGUUCGUGCUUCGUUCCGUCAAAGAAAUUAGCUUUGCACCGUUGCAAACUUCUCUCGCUACCAAAGAGAGAGCUCAAAUUCGAUUAAUUAUUGCGGGAAUAAAAUGCAUUAAACUUAUCAGAUUAAACUGCGGUGAAAUACUUCAAUUCUUGUGCUCGAAAACAAUUUUGAUCCAAAUAAAGUAGUGAAUAAAUUUUGAAUUAUGGUGCCAAAAAAAACUUCAAAAAACUUUUCCGUAAAGUGCAAAUAAUUUUCUUUUUUUUUAAACAA